AUGGGGCUUCGCGAGACCCCAGUCGUCCUGGAUGACCAGGUACAGGAGGCUGUUAAGCUUGGAAUUUCUGCCACUCAGCUGAGUCCUGAUAAAGAAAAUGCGAUUAAAAAUGGUCGAUACCAACUUCUGUUCGGCAGUCCCGAGGCCUGGAUGAGCGCAAAGUGGCAAGACAUGUUAGCCACGGAGUUCUAUAGAACCAACCUGAUAGGCAUCGUUGUAGAUGAAGUCCAUUUAACAUAUAAAUGGGGGAAGGCUGCGAAAGGACAGAAGGCCUUUAGGGAAAGCUUUGCAAGGUUGGGGGAACUUCGAGCAAUCGUACCUCCAGGUACUCCAGUAUUGGCAUUGACCGCUUCUGCAGAUUUGCACUCAAGAGACAUUGUCAGGAGACAGCUACACUUCCAAAAUGCAAUCAACAUCACUGUUAGCCCCAAUCGACCCAACAUUAGACUUGGGGUAAGAAGACUUACAACAGAUUCUCUGGACUGUUUUGACUGGCUGGUAAAAGACUUAAAAGAAAAAGGACUGGAGAUGUUACCGAUCAUCAUAUACUGCCGGACAAUAAACACUGUUACACGAGUUUUCUGCCACCUCAAGGCUGAACUUGGGGAUAGCGCCUGGGUCGGUGAAGAGAAAAUAGGUAAAAACCUAUUGAUUGGGAUGUUCCACAGCCAGACUCUACCUGUAAACAAGAGCAGGGUACUUUCUUCAUUUAAUGGAGAAGGCAGCUGCAGAGUGACUGUGGCAACUACAGCACUUGGAGUUGGCCUAAAUUUCCCAAAGGUCUCCCAUGUGGUCAUGUAUGGGUUACCAGAGGACCCAGAGGCCACUCUCCACCAGGUUGGAAGAGCAGGCAGAGAUGGCUCUCCAACUCAUGCUGUUCUCAAUGCAAACAAUCAGCUUGCCAAGACUGACAAGGCAGUAAAGGAUGUUCUUCAAAAAAGCUUAAAUGGCUGUUUUAGGAAGGCCCUAUACUCUCAUUUUGAGAAAGACACAUCUAGUGUUGAGCCUGGACAUUCUUGCUGCACCUAUUGCCAUUCAAUAUGCAAGUGUAGCUCUGACAGUUGCUCUGUAGAAACACCAAAUUACGAGAUGCCGAAACAGAUUCCAUCACCUGACAAAUGCAGACAAGUCACAUUAGAUGAGCAGGGAUUGGUCAGAGAGCUUUUAGAGAAAUAUAGAGAAAGUCUAAUUUCGCCAGAUGAACACCUGUACACACAUGCAUCAUUCUGCACCGGUUUCAGCAAUGUACUAAUUGAAUCAGUAGUUGAAAAUGUAUGUGAAAUAUUUGACAUCACCUAUGUCAUGCAGAAUCUACCUGUAUUCGACAUAAACCAUGGCCUGGAAAUCCUAAAAAUUGUGCACAAAGUUUUUGAAGACUUUGAUUUAUGCAAGUACCCAGAGACUACAGAAGAACCAUAUUUGAAGCCUGAUAUUGACUUCAAGGGGUACUUUGAUUUAGAGGAUGAGGAUGAUGAAAAAUCAUUAAGCAGCAUUGAGUCAGGCUUAUCUGUGCUUCCAAUAUCAGACUAA